AUGGUCAAUGGCGUGGCUAAUAUUUAUACUUUCGGGGCUCAGUUCACAAUAAUGCACGCUUCACUACCAAUCUUCCCAAUUUACGCAGUUAUUCUCAUACUCCGCAAGAAAAUCAUCAAAAAUCUGGGCGUUAUCAACACCUCGAUGCGGUCCGACACCAAAGCCAUGCACAAGCAGUUUUUGAAGGUUUUUUUUUGGCUUCCAAUCAAUUUUUAAAAAUUUUCAUAAGAGUUAUCGGUAUUCAACCUUAGCGAAAAAAAAGCAAAAAAAAAAAUUAAGCAAAAUACCAAAUUUGUACAAAAAUAUUUCAAGCGCAAGAUGCUUGAAAAACAUCCCCGCUAAGCAGCGCCGAACUAGGCAUGCGGUGGCUUGAAGAGACGCCAGACAUAAAAACUACCACGACUUCUCUGGCGUCUCUUCAGACAGCUGUAGUCUCUCGCAGCUACUUGUUUCUACUGAAAUUCGAAAAAUCAGAAAUAAAUACUUUUUUUCAGGCCCUAACCUACCAAGCCUGCAUUCCGGCCUUCUUCUCCGUCGCUGUCGUCUCCUAUUCUCUCGGCCAACUCAACAUUAUCAACCAUCCAAUUCUAGAGCACACCACAGUAACUGCCCUAAUCUUUAUCCCGGUUCUAACCCCUUUGGCUUCAUUGAUCUUUGUUCGGCCCUAUCGGGACAAAAUGGGUAGUAUGCUCAAUAUUAGUGCCAAUUCAGUCAGCCGAAAUGCAACUGUUUCGGUUUCUGGAGCAUUGUAA